AUGCCGGAAAACGGAAUAACGUCGAAUGUUCGGGUGAUAAUUCAUGCCGAGAUUGCGGGAACUCAGAGGCCCUUCGAUCAGCUACGGAGGGGGAUGCGUGACAUCUUGGGAGACGGCGGCAUCCUGAAGGAGGUGGUCCAACCUGGAGAGGGUCCACAUGUGCCCAGAAAUGCUUCAUUAAUAAUGCAUUAUUCUGGCUAUCUGGAAUAUUGCAGCCAGCCCUUUGAAACCACCAAGAACUUUAAAUACCCUCCGAUGUUGAAGCUGGGCAGAGAGGUGACGCUGCCUGGGAUGGAGCUGGGCGUGUUGACCAUGCAGAAGGGGGAGUUCUCCCGCUUCCUCUUCCAGCCCAGCUACGCCUACGGAGCCAUUGGCUGUCCUCCCAUGAUUCCCGCUUCUGCGGUUGUUCUCUUCGAAAUCCACGUCAUCGACUUCCUUGAUUCUGGACAAGUAGAUGACUUUUAUGAGAUGUCUCCGGUGGAGCAGAAUGCUGCUUCUUUCUCCAUGUUGCUUGAAGUCGUCGGCACCUUGCGCGGUUUCGGCAAUCUCUGCUUCGCCAAGAGCCGGUACGACAACGCCAAAGGUCUCUACAAACAGGCGCUGGUGCUGCUGGGAAACAGGGAGACGCAGGAUGAAGCGGAGAAGGAGAGGAUCCGGACGGCUCUGCUCCUGCUCUAUCUGAACCUUUCUCUCACCGAGCUCCGUCUGGACAGCCCGCACAAAGCCCUCAAAUACUCCAACAAAGCCUUGGAGAUAGACUCGGCCAACACAAAGGCUCUGUACCGCAGCGGACAGGCUUACUUGGAGCUGGGGGAGUAUGAGAGCGCCUACCGCAACCUCGUCGCCGCUCAGGCAAAGAAACCGUUUGACUGCGACAUCAACAAACUCCUGAAAGCGGCAGCUACGCGCUACAAAGACAGCUUGGACAAAGAAAAGGACAUGUGCUUGAAGAUGUUCAAACACCUAUAG